UGCUGGAAAUGCGAAGAUUUCAGUUAGCGACGGCAGAUUGAACAAUUAAUACCCCCCGUACAGAUGAUGAAUUUUAUGUCAAUAUAUAUUGCACAGUUUAACUCGUGUUAAUUUAUGGUCUGUAGACCAGGAGCGUAAAGGAGCUUACGUGUUGUGAUCGCGCGCGUGAUGGACGACUUCGCAUAUUAGUAUUCAUUUCAGUGGCUAAGAAGCAGAUCUUUACGUGUCAACGUUGUCAAGUUAACAGUUCUUGAACUCAAUAGCUCAGGUGAGAGCUGCCUGAAUCACUGGAGCAAUCAAAGGCGUUAGAUAGCAGAGGGAAUCGUCGCGGAGUUUGUUCAACGACUGAAAUGUCUCUGCCCGAGCUAACGGUGGGCGAAGUAAAUUAUAACAGCAUUGAACUGAAAUGGGAAGACCCCGAAAACGACAACAACAACAAGAAGCGAAAACUGUUUCACGUGCAGUUGAACAGGGCUCGCGCAAGAAGCCCUUGUCCAGGCGGGCCGAUGCUUGAUCCGCUCACCAACUACCAGGGCUACAGCCAACAAUAUGUGUUCAAGGGCUUAGAGCCCAUAACUCAAUAUUUAUGUCGGCUGCGGAUAAUGGACGGCGAGAGCGAUCGCCAAGGAAGUAGCGGAUGGAGCGAACCGAUCACUGUCUGCACAGCAAACGAACCGCCGUCUGGAGCCGAGCUCCACAAGGCGGUCUCCAGGCAAGAUUUGGAAAAGGUUCGGCAUAUUCUGGAAGAACAUAGCGCUGUUGUCGAGGUGAUGGAUAAGUUUGGAUUGACGCCGCUAAUGGUGGCGGCUCAAAAAGGCUUUACAGAUGUAAUGGAAAUACUUCUGGAAUUUAAUGCUGACCCUGAGUAUUCAAACUCAAGCGGCAAGACUGCCCUAAUGGUUGCUUGUUAUGCUGGCCAAGAAGACGCAGCCAAGCUACUCCGUGAACGCGGCGCCUUAUGGGAAACACGUGACAGAAAUGGAUUAACCGCUGUACACUGGACAGCAGACGGAGGGCACGAUGAUCUCCUUUUAUGGGUGCUUCGGAAAGGAGGUCCGGUCGACAUAGAAGACAGCGUGAACGGAUGGACACCCUUAAUGCGCGUUGCGUGCCUAACUGGAAAUGACGAAGUAGCGGAAGUCCUCAUUACCAAAGGUGCUGAUAUCAACAAGAUUGACAAAUCCGGUAAGACUGUUUUAAUGGCUGCCUCCAUGAACGGCCAUUUUAAUUUGGUGCGUUUGCUGGUUGACAAGGGAGCUGAUGUGUUCCUGAAAAACAGGGAAGGAAAAACGGCGUUGGAGUUCGCAAGGUCCAUGGAAAGGCAGCGUAUUAUUAAAUACCUUGAAUUUCAAGUGGCAAAGGAGGAGAAGCAAAGGAAAGCUAAACUGCUGGAAGAGAAACUUAAAGAAAAUCAACUGAAACUAGAUCAGAUGCAAAUAGGUGCAAAUAAAAUCUUAACUGAGUAAGGUCUUACAAUAUCUAAAGGUUUACUUGCGAGGCGGGGCCGUGGGUACAGUUUCAUUCUCUUGGUCAUUAUAUAUGAAUACCAAACUCCUUCCCAGAGCUUUUCCCAAUUUUUAAGGGAAAACCCUGGGAACGAAGCUUUAUGCAUAUGUACUUAUAUCAGGUUCUUGAUAUUGUAGUUCAGAUAAAAAAAAGGACAAGUGAUCCGUCGUCAAACCUGACAUCAGUGCAUGAUUUCUGGGUUUGCAGACUGCAUUGACACCUUAUUUUACAAGUAACCCAAUCAUAGUUAAUAGAGGGGAAUGGAUAUGAAGCCCGGCAAACGUAGAAGGAGCAAAUAAAGACGCCGAGAUUUAAGUUGGAAGUUCCACGACCGUGCACAAUCUUUUGUUUUAAGUUCAUACACUAUGCAUGAAUACGUAACCAAAACGUUGCUUUUGGUUAGCUUCACACCCAGAAAUAAACAACUGUUGUGUUUUGUACACGGUCAAGACCAAGAAACCGAACAAAAACACACAACAAAGAACUUUGCCGGGUUUCAUAACCAUUCCCCUCUAUUAAUUAUGACACAACUGAUUGUUCUGAAAAUGUUCAAUGGCAUGGUAUUGUAUGUUUUCAUGGUUACUUAAAUCAAACAACGGCGAACAUUUUUAAAGUAACGUUUCAAGAGGAUUUUUUUAUACUUAAUGCAUUUGCUUCGCAAAACGAUUGCCUUGUUCUCCUAUAUAACUGAGCGCCAUGAGACAUGCUUUCUAGGGCUUAGCCAAUCUCCAAGGUAACUCAUUAAUUAUCGUUAAUUUAUUAAGGUUUUCACCACGAUAAAUGAAUAUAACUCUCGCCUAUUUAAAUUAAUUCAGAAGCUUAAAAUAAAUUAAAUUGAUGAUUGCUAUUAUGCGAUGUUGUUAUGCUGAGAAUACGUAGAGAGUAAAUGAAGAUUACAUCAUUAAUUAAUGA